GCCCCACGCGGCUGGACCGCAAAGGGAGGAGCGGCAACAUGGCGGCGUCGGGCGGUGGUGACCCUCUGGAUGCUAAGCCUGGAGAGGCCCAGUUCGCUCAGCGUAUCGACCCGACUCGGGAUAAGCUGACACCUGAGCAACUUCAUUUCAUGCGGCAGGUGCAGCUUGCCCAGUGGCAGAAGGCCCUACCACAGCGGCGGACCCGGAACAUCGUGACCGGCCUAGGCUUCGGGGCCCUGGCGUUAGCUAUUUAUGGUUACACCUUCUACUCGGUUUCUCAGGAGCGUUUCCUAGAUGAGCUAGAAGAAGAGGCCAAAGCUGCUCGAGCCCGAGCUCUGGCAAGGGCGUCAGGAUCCUAAUAUGGAUGCAUAUUGGACAUCUCCAACCUGCUGGAACCCUUUCACGUGGUGAAUGAUGCCCCAUGACCCUUACUAACCUUGGACCAUGCUUGAGCUCAAGAAACCAGGGAGUUAUGCAUUUGGCCACUGUCAAAAGAACAGAACUUUGCCUGCAGCACAUUUGCUGUGUACGGUGACUGAGCCCUUUCUUGUAGUUUGUUUCCUUGAGAAGUGUGCGUUUGACCUUGGCUUUUCCCAGAGUUUCUUUAUGGUUUACCCCCUUCACCUUCCAGGGACACAACUGUUAAUGGGGUUGGGCGUGGCAGCUCUGUGCAGUGUUGGAGCCUACAGUGGGAUAGAUAGGGUCAAGUUGAGAAUAAUAAACUGAAUCAUCUCUCCUGGA